GUGAGUUUUCGUCCUGUCCGUUGGUUCGAUUUGUGUAUCGCUGCGUUGGAGGAUUUGCCUUCUGGCUGCUGUAAGAAUAUUAAACCAUCCCCUUUGGUUUCCUUUCCCAUCUCCACCCUCUGUGUGUUCGGGUGGAUACACCCUUUUCCUGCCAUCGUGCACCGUGACACGCCAUACAAACAAUUCGUUCCACGUUCCAUACGCCAUUUAAGUGAAUUUCGCUGUACAACGCACUGUGACAGAUUUAUGUUCCAGCAUCCCUUCCAAAGUGUUUGUGUGUGUGUGCCUGCGUUUGAGUGUCUUAAGAAAAUAGAACUUCAAAGUGAGUGUGCGAGUGUGUUAUAGUGCGUGUGAGUCCCGAACAAAAAGGGCAGAAUAAAUAACCGGGUGAACGGUAAUAAAACUUCAAACGUGUUUUUCCAAGCAGCUCUCUGUGGUGGAGAUUUUUUGACCUCCAAAGUCCGAUAUCUUAUCGGUAGCAUCUUUCGAAUAAGGCAGCAGCAGAAGAAUCAUCCGUAUCCAACCACCGUACGAAGAUGAACAUUCUCGUAAUAUCGUUUCUGGCCGUGGUGUCACUGACAACCUUCCCGACCCAAACCUACUGUACGCCGGCCGCAUCCAGCAGUGGUGCGCACGAUCCGAAGAAGUCGGUCGCCGCCGCCGAAGCCACCCAGCCGGUCAACGACAAUGGGCUGAAGGAGAUCUGGCAGGAGGACGACCGGGAGGUGCUGAUCCGUAACGAGCGGGGCACCAAGAACGGAGGCAGCGCGGCCGCCGGUAAGAAGAACCACAAGAAAGAGAAACUUUCCCCUUACAGCACGCACCAGCGCCAUCAAGAUCAGCAACAGCAACAGCAACAGCAACAAUUCCAGCAACCGAAACAGGAACAGCAACAGCUCGGUCGCAAGGGCCAGAAAAAGGUGAAACCGACUGACACGACCCGUUCCGAACCGGCGGCAGCGAACUCCCAGUGCCGCUACACCAAGGGACCGUGGACCGAAUGUGACGCUACCACCAACAAACGUUCCCGAACCCUUUCGCUGAAAAAGGGCGAAUCGUCCUGCGUCCAGACCCGUACCAUUGAGAAGAAAUGCAAAAAAGCCUGCCGUUACGACAAGGGUGCCUGGUCGGACUGUGACAGCAAUGGACAGAUGUCCCGCACGGAUAGCCUGAAGCAGUCGAGCGAUACCACCUGCCAGACGACGAGAGUGGUCAACAAAAACUGCAACCAGGGCAAGUCCAAAGACAAACAGAACAAACCACCGAAGGCUGAGAAGAAGGAGAAAGGUGUCCGUAAAAACCGUCAGUAAAUGCAUCACCCCUCAGGCAUGCCAUCGACGCAUUCUACUUCCUAGUUUCUGAUCGACGCAACAGCAGCUGGUACAUACAAUGCUGACUCCCGACUAUCCCGCGGCUUUCAGCAUCACUACAUCACAUCGGCUGCCUAUUUCUUGAAUUAAUUUUAUAAAAAUACGAGCGAAUGGAGCGUAAGGAAAAAAAACAACAACAGCCAUCUUCUUAACAGAAGAUUCGUUCACUUACUUCUGCGUACGAUGCAAAAGAAAAAUGUUUUCGUUUUCUUCUUAAGAUGCAACAACUAGACUUGCUCCCACCCCUUCCUAAGGCGGGAGGUCGCAUCAUGUUUUUCCACGCCACCGUACCACGGCGGCCCCUCUCCCCACUUUCUUCAUGUGGACGGUGCUGGAUAUCGGGGGAGCGUUAUUUAUUAAGCAGAGAUAAGAGCAGCAGCAUUAUCAUUCAUACAAAACGUGAAAGAAAAUCACACACCAGACAUGAUGCAUACACACACACACACACCUAGCAUUAGUAUGGCCACCAGUAAUGAAGUAAUUGCAAACUAUACCUUUACCGGGGUACGAUUCUCAGUGCCAACAGGCAGCACUUUUCUCGACGGCUCUCUACUUGCGCACUCGAUCGCAUGUUUGAAGCGUGCGCGAAACGGAACUGGCGUACCGAAUGGUGGUCAAGUGCGAGAAAAUUUUAAAAACUAUACAUAUAAAAAAAGAGAGAGAAAUAAAUAAAUCCUCAAAGUGGUACACGUUCGACACCGUUGGAAAGACUCUAGCCCUAAAAGCAUCCGAUUGAACGAGCUACCCGAGAUAGGUAGGGUUGGGAACUCGGUUUCGGAAACAGUUCACACGUGAUCGGUAUCGGUUUGUAUGUGUGUGUGUGUUAACUAACAAACAUGAAAGUUACAGAAAAAGAAGCAGUAUUCAACAGGAAAGCUAAACAACACUAUAGAACCGCUAAAAAAAAAUCAAAUAAAAGUGUAACAUAGAACAAGCAAAUGGAGGAAAAAAAGAGGAGAAAAGGUGAAAAAUCACAGCCAUACCAUGCAUACAAACAGACUAGCGAUAAAUGCGACACUUUCCCCGGGCUCCUUCACGUAGUUCCUUGUAGUGAAGUUUCUAACAAACAUUUAAUGGAACAUUCGUUCUUAUUUAGUUUACCCACCCUGCGAAAGGAAAGCGUUCCAACCGUUGCGUUCAGACAAAAUUCAGUCGACUACAAUAAAAAAAGUAAAAUAAAUUAAAAAAUACUGCAUUUCAAAUGAAUUGCAAACUAACAUCAGCGAAACAGUUCAUGCAGUUUUAACUAACCGAAUUCUUACCCCAUUUUUCUACGUAGAACGCUAUCCACUCUCCAUUGGACGCGGGUGCGUGCGGGCGUUCAGUUCCGUUCUUCCGUUUGUUCUGCUGUUUGUUGAAGCUAGAUUUGCAUAAAUUUUAACAACACAUAAACACACACACAAACGCACAUAAAACGUCGGUGCGCCAGAUAAUGAUAGCAAUGGGCGCCACAUGAGUCCGUAAGGCCGCCGUAUGCUGCUGGUUGGUCUUGUGUACACACUAUCUUGUAUGUUUGAUGUUCUCAUCUCGAAGGUAAACCGAUUAUUAGAUUAGCAAGUUAAGGAAACUAUUGAACGUGUAUGCGAAAGCUCGAAAGCCCAGAAAAACAACAGAGUUUUGUGUGUCUGACGACGGCCCAUCACAGUCAUUGGCAUAUGAAACCGAAGAAGAGAAAAAAGCAUACAAAAAUGCGUAGUUGCUGGCUGUUACUGUUUUGAACGAGGAUAAUAAAAGGGAAACAUUUCAAAACAUAAGUAAAAUAGUAAAAACGGAACACAGAAACAGUAGUAAAUGUUUAAACAAAAAGCAAAAACAGUUGUAGAAGAAGAACAACAACAAAGCAAAUGGCUCCUCAAUUAAAAUCAAUAACAAAAGAAGGAAAAAGAAAAGAAAAAGGAACAAGUAUAAAAAAAUACACAGUUUCAACUAGUAAUGAAAAUAGAAAAAGAGAAAGAGACAAAAAUUAAAACAAACAAAACAGAACAACAAAAAAAACAGAAGAUGCAACAACAUUGGAAAACCAAAACUCCGCAGAAUGUAAAGGCCAAUAUAAAUUAGAUAAUUAUAUAUAUACACACAGAAACACACACACGAAGAAGUGAUGAGAGAGAGGGAAAGAGAGAGAAAAGAGUUGGCAAAAAAUAAGGCGAACGGUAACAAACACACACACUUAACUUGGAAGAGAGAAAGAAAAGAAAGGAAAAUGGGAAGGAGAAAACUUAUACAGAUAUUCUUAGUAUUUAACAAUUAAACAGUAAAACAAAAACGAAAAAUAAGCA